AUGGCAGCACUCCGUCCCGAAUCCAGAACCAUCAUCGUCGGUUCAGGCGUAUUCGGUAUUUCAACAGCACUAUGGCUCGCGCGGUCCGGCUACAAAGACGUAACCGUCCUUGACAUGCAGGACACUGCCUCAGCAGCCUAUGAUCCACUAUUGGGCAUCGACUCGGCGUCGGCUGACCUGAACAAGAUUAUCCGUUUCAGCUAUGGAUCCGAGAUUGAAUACCAGCGCUUAGCUACCGAGGCUGCUGGCAUGUGGGACGAAUGGAACCGCGAGAUUGCCGUGGUGCCCGCCGACGAACUGCCGGAGCGCCUGAGAGAAGGCGAGAGGAAACUUUGGUGGAACUCAGGCAUGCUACGGAUGAGCUCCGAGACGGAACUGGGCGAUUUCGAAAUCGCGACGCUGGAAAAUAUGCACCGCGAAGGUAUUAGGGAGUUCCAGUUUAGGAGCGAUGAUGAGGCAGAUAUCGCUCGGGCAAAGGAGCGAGGUUGGGCGCACAAGCUCGAUCCCUGUUGCCGCCAGGAGAGGUUCGGAACGCACAAGGCAGUUCUCGAUUCUACCGCUGGCUUCGUCUAUGCAUACAAGAGUUGCGCUUGGGCCCAGCAUCUUGCGAGGCAAGCCGGUGUCAAGAUGAUACUUGAUCCGGUGCGUGGUAGAGUAGUCGAUAUUAUAGCAAAAGAUAAUCACCCGGUGGUGCUUACCGCUGACGGCCUCGAGCUAUCUGCCGAUCUAGUUGUUGUAGCCGGCGGUGGAUGGACUCCGUCUUUGAUUCCGGAGGUACAGGGCUUGCUCGAGACUACAGCCGGUUCCGUAGCCAAUAUCCAUAUCCCAAAAGAUCGGUCCGAUCUGUGGGACCGAUUCGCCCCGGAGAACCAACCGGUGAUAACUUGGGGUUCUCGGCAAGGCAAGGAUGUGUACAGUCUCCCAAGAGACAGAAAUGGCGUUUUUAAGAUUGGCUGGCGGAGCACAAAGUGGACAAACUACCAAACCGUCGGUGGACGGCUAAUAUCAGUUCCCAAAACCGCACACGUAACCGACCAAAAGGAGACUCGUAUCCCGAUCGAUGCGCUUAACGGUAUCAAAGUCCCACUAGGCAUCUCAUCCACUAGACUCUGCUGGUAUACCGACAGUAUCGAUAACUCAUUCGUGGUUGACUUCGUGCCAGGGCGUCCCGGAGUCGUCGUCUGCUCCGGGGGUAGCGGUCAUGGCUUCAAGUUCCUGCCUAUCCUUGGCCGUGAAGUUGUUAAGAUCCUUGAGGGCAAGGGGGAGCAGACAGUGUACGGCCGGAUGUGGCGGUGGAGAAGUAGCACCGAAGCGAAGCGGAACGGGCUUGAGGAAGGCGAGCAAGGCCCGAGGGUACUUGCGAAGCAGAAUAUGGCUGAACAAGGGGAUUGGAGGUUUACGGUUUAA